UGUCCCGCUGCAUUAGGUAUAAGGUUGAGUAACGUUGGGUGACGUGGGCGCAUUAACUGUGUUGAGAUGAGCUAGGGGCGAGAGGAGUCGCCUGCAGUGGGUAUUGAUCCCAUCAUUACCGACGUAAGGACGCUGAAGUCUGUCAAGUUAAACUGUGAGGGGCGGUGACUGUACUACCUCACCGCGACGACAACACCCUCGAAAACUACUGUCAAGGUAGCGUCAACAACCACCAUCAUAACAGAAGUAAAAAGUUUAAAAUAACUAUCUUAUCCGCGCCAGUGGCGAGAAUUGAUUGGACGGACAUUAUUCCACGCGAUUUAUCACGCCGGUGGUCGAGCGAUCGGAGGCGUUAUUGAUGGUAUUCACUGAGUUUGAAAGUUUUUUCACCGGUCUAAAUGACAAUGCGAGCUGCUAGUGGUACAGUGGAUUUAUAGAUGGAGCUUGUUCAGGGACAAUACACUCCAAGUGUGCGAGUCACCUCAUUCACUGAUCACAGGGCAUACGUCGGUGUAAUACGAUUCGUCUCAUGGCGAUUACGUUGACUGGGAGACACUGACCGCAGAAAAUUCAAGUGUCGUCUGCUCUUCGCAGUCACAAGCAAAUCUCGUCUGCACGUGAUCAUGAACAACGGCAACACACACCUACCUCCCGGCAGUUUUAAUGGAUGCCCAUCAGUGUAACUGUGUUGUAUUAUCAAUGAAGAGCCUGUCGACACUAUUGGCUUCGACAACAAAGGCAGUCCCCAGUUCCAGAAACUUAAAGCCGUAUUAAAUCCUGGAUUACUUACCACGAGAGACAAUUCCUGUUAUCCUGUACUUCUAUGUCAUAAAGACAGCUGCCGCCGCGAUGAGUCCAGUGUAUCACGGAUGUAGAGAAUAAUCUGCUAAUGGAAUGAACAUCUCUUCAGCGCUCGAUUCAAAGGGAAGCUGCAGAACUAUGUGCAUUCCGGAGCCACGGACACGUAAUACAGCUUGAAGCAUACAGGUACAGACAAAGACGACGAAAACGUCUUUUUAAAAUAUGGCUGUAUUUUCAAGCACGUGCAGAAUACUGUUUCUUCAGACGCCAAUUCGAAUUUAAGAUUAUUUCUUGAACGAGUGCAUUCAUUCAAGUUCCAGUUUUACCAUUAUAACAAAGUUCUGUUAAAACGACUUGUGAAACCAAGACCUACCAGACUGAUAUUCUGUGGAUAGAGUUCUGUACAGACAUAUUCUGUAUCCGGAUAGUCUGUGUUCGCUCCUCGGAAACACGCUGGCACAUUGGUAUUGAUUCCCAGGAUUGAUAAUACGCCGACAUAUACCUGCCCAGAGUCUGUUGUAGGAGGAGAUACCGAUGUACCGUUAUCUUCAGUGAGGCUUAUGCAACACAGUCCGCAAGCCUGCGCUACUCUGAUCGGUUGGAGCACUAGCAUACUCAGCAUCCUCCGUCACGUCUUCGCCUCUGAUAUGUGGAUACAAAUAUAUACAGAGCAAGAAAAUAACCACAGAUAGAAACAAAUAGAUGUUUAAAGGCACGUCACCCAAUCGUUGUUUGAUGGUGUACAAGUGUUUGAAUUCUCUACGCAAGAUACCAUAAACCAGCAUUAAUAUUUUGAGUAUAAUAAGGAAUAAAGGCACACACUGGGUUAUUGUUUGAUACUGUACUUGUGUGUUUGAGUAUCUACAGGAGCAAUAACCACGGAAGCAGUUUCAUUAAAGGAGUUCUCUCGGAUAAACUGUGCUUUGGUUUCUAGAAUAUCGGUGCUUGGAGAUUCUGUCAAAUCAGUGCUUGUGGCAUUUGUGACAUCAAGGUUUGGAUUCUAGGUGGGCAUUUUGUGGGAUUCCUUCAUUAUGGCCAGGGUAAUGUCCUUAGAGAAGGUACAGCUUUACGACGCAAAUUGAUGUGGGAACAGUCCUUAGAGAAGGUACAGCUUUACGACGCAAAUUGAUGUGGGAACAGUCCAUAGAGAAGGUAUAGCUUUACGACGCAAAUUGAUGUGGGAACAGAUCGUCGCCAAGACGACCCAAGGUUGUUUAGCUCUCUGAUUUGAAGACGUUUCCACAAUUCGCUAAGAUGUCGUUUGCCCAGAUCAUGGAUAACCUGUUUCACACUGUCAGAAGCGUCAGUUUCUGGAGGUCAGUGAAGACCGAGUUCCUUCUGACAACCUUCUACGUCCUGUUUGGGUGCGGCGCCACGAUCACGGCCAACACCCGCUGUAAAGCCAGCACCGACGAACUUAAGGCUGCCGUGACGUUCGGGAUGACAACAGUGACGCUCCUUCACUGUUCACUGAGGAUGGGUUCACCCGCACAAAUGAACCCCGCAAUUACCAUCGCAAUGCUGUGCACCCGCAAAAUCGACAUCAUCACAGCGUUUUUUAAUGUAUUUGCUCAAUGCUUGGGAGGGAUCGCUGGAGCCGGGGUGUUGUAUGGAGUUACCCCUGCUCGACAGCAUGAAUACCUUGGCGUGACCUCUGUGCAUUCGGACAUUGAGAGUGGACAAGCUUUCGGAAUCGAAUUUCUCAUCACAUUUGUACUUGUGUUUGCUUAUUUCUCUAGCAUGGACCCGCCCCAUCUAGCGACGGGUACCUUCCAAGUUAUACCAGCGGGUCUCGCCAUUGCGAUUGGUCAUACAUUUGGGUGGAAAUACACCGGCGCCAGCCUGAACCCAGCCCGCUCCCUGGGCCCAGCCAUUGUCUGCAACGAAUGGAGGGACCAUUGGGUCUACUGGGUCGGACCGAUUCUUGGCGCCCUCCUUGGAGGCAUCACUUUCGAAUACAGCCACGUCAACUACACCGGAAGUCGUCUGCUACGUCGAUCAAGCUCCACACGUGAUGAUAGUGGUCUCGAGGCACGUGCGAGUAGCAAAGAAAGCGUAGAUUUGCCCACUGAGUUGACCUUCUCUGUCAACAUGCCCGACGACCCAGAUGUCUGACUGGGAAUGUACAACAUCGCUUGCGUUGAAAUGGACGAUGGAGAGGACUCAGAGAUAUGACCACAAAAAAAAUGUCGGAGGAAGGACUCACUAGAUAUUUGCUGCGUUGUGAGGCACUCUGAUAACGAUCAGUCAUCAGCCGUCCGUGCGUGAUGUUCUAAUCAGAUAACCUGUCAGAUACGGGCUGUGAUGUUUUGCACAAAUGAAGAAAAAUCCUUUGGCUUCUGAGCCGGAAGCUUAUUGGACUGUGGUGAAUUAACCAGAGAUUCCGUUGCCCUGGCUGUGGUCGUUUUUCCCACGGCAAAGUCAAAAUGAUGACUGAUAACUGCAAUCCACGAUCUCGGGAUCCGCCUUCUGGGGGUUACAUUUGAUAUUUGUCAGAUUAAACUUCAAAUGCUUCUGUUAUUAAUAUCCUUCAUCGUUGAAGGACUGCGUUCUGCAUAAAGAUGCAGUAACGUUCAUAGCUGACCUUCUUGCGUGUCAUGAUAGACAUGGCAAAAAUCAAGACGUAGAAGUCACUGUGACCAGUCAUCGACUCACUUAUGAGUGAUGUCUGCGUAUGAAUGUUCAGUCUUGAAUUCAUAUAUUGCUAUUGUUGUCAGUCCUCCAUUCAGAUGUGUUUGUUGGAGUGAUAAAUACAACAAUGGACAAAGGUGAUUGUGUGCUAGACAGGACUGAGACGUCUUACGUAAGAGGAUUUGACCGUUCUGAAAGGACAGAUAUACCGCUGUACAUUUAUUCCACUUAGCAGGAGUGAUGACGAUGGUACAGCUAAUAUACCAUGGACUAUAUUUACACCACAAUGGAGUAAUUUUCAUAAUGUUCACCUGCAUGGGUGCGGUACUCGCUUGCUACAAUGCAUGAACGUAUAUACUUUUUGUGAUUCAUCGAAUGACCCUGAUAGCCAAACAGCACAUUUUUAAAAGAAACAGAUUUGUUUGGUUAAUGUGGAGGUUUGCGAUGGGGCUUUUUUUCUUAUUUUUUAUAGAGCUCCGUGAAUUGGGGAAAUCCUGUUCAGGCUAAAAACAUGUUGCUUCGGGAUAUUAUUUAGUGAUUCUUUUGUCUCAGAUCUCGAAAAUGUCACGAGUGUAAUAGGUUUUGGUACCUUUUGCUAUUUUUCACCGUGAUUUAGUGUAAGUGUGGGUCUAAGACAUUAUACUCUUCCCACUCUUCACCCCACAUCUCUAGAGCAUUCCCCCGAAGAGAUACACACAGGGUAUCUCACUGCGUAUAGAAAGAGUAGUAAGUAUUCUGUGUAAUCUUGUCCGUGUUUUUUAACAUUCCGUUGGGUAUAUUCCAUACUUUCCAACACUGACCCUCGUACCAAAGAUACAUAUCAUGAUAUUCUGCAGUAUAUUACAGGCUUCAGUAACAUCCUUAACACCAUUUAGCAAUGAUUGUAGAUAUGGAUUUUUGCACUUAAUACAAGAUGUUUCGCACUUCAUACAGAAUCGUUGUUUUCUACAAAGGGUAUAUACUCACCACCAAAAGAAACGUGAAUACUUUAUAUGUUGGUUAAUAAAAAUUUAUAUGAAGACGCACUCAUAUUCAAGAGAUAUUAGAUUGGUUCGAGGCACAGACGAACAUACUGGGAUGUUGUUUGAACCGAUGCUCAUGAACGCAUCACAUGUGACGUCAUAGAUCCAUGACUCGAGAUGCACCAUUUGUCUCGUGCAGGAUUAGCCUGUAAAGUUUGUGCAUCAUAUUGUGAUAAGAAUAAAGUUACUCUGUGGUGACAUUUGACUGAUUAUUAGUUUAAUCACUAAGUGGUACACAUUGGAAACAUCUCUUCUUAACGUAUAUACUUCUCUAUAUGUUUCUAUGGUUCGCGUUUCUUUUGGUGGUGAGUAUAUUUUCCAUGUCAUCAAUUUCAGCCGGAAGAGGGCCCAGCCUCUCGCCAUGUAGGCCUUUUAAGCGUUCAGACAUCGCCUUUCCCGCAGUCAAACACUUAUGCUUUUUGUGAUCUAAAUUAAUCUAUCAUUACCGGAUUACCCUAAACGUUCAGAUCGUUCUAAUAUUGGCAACGUGUGAACCUAGUAUAGAAAUUAGCGCAUUAAGACUCUUGAUGUUUGGUAUCUUGACACCAAAGAUCUUGAGUUGAGACUGAAGACCUAUUGUAAAUCAGAAGGGUUGUCACGUUAAGGCUAUCUCAAGGAGAAAGGAGCUUUGUUUGGAUUGAUGGAGAGAAUCUGACCCAAAUGUCUUUUUAUAAUCAAAUUUACCAUCCUAAACUGGCUCCAACAGGAGAUAUCGCUCGGGUGACAUCAAGCGAUAUCUACAUUGCAUCACAAUACUUUGCAGACCAUUCUGAUGCCAUUUUACUAUGACGUCAUAAUCAAGGGGGCACGGGUGGCCCAGUCGUCUAAGG